AUGACGGACGUGCAGUCCAACCGCCGUGCUCGACGCGCUCAGCGUGCACUUGAGAGCCACGAGGGUGGUCUGCCAUCACUCAAGUUCACCACCAUGUGCAAGUUCCACCUCAUGAACAAAUGUGUCCGUGGGAGCAGUUGCACCUUCGCUCACGACGAGUCACAGCUACGUGGCAAGCCCGACCUGACGGGCACCAAGAUUUGUAGGUUCUUUGCCACUGGACGCUCGUGCAGAUACGGAUCCCGUUGCACGCACGCACAUGCUUUGGCGGAGUCAAGCGAAUCUACAACUUCCACUUCAGCGGGAGAAGAGGAGGAAGAAGACAGCCCUCGAUACGUUCAUGUUCCUGGACUUACCUCAAUGAGCAGCAUGCCGCUGUCGAAGGACAUCCCGCAGAUGAACAUUCAGGGAAUCCCUGCAGAGCGUGUUCAACUUCUGGCAGCCCUCCGGGUUCUUGACACAUGGGUGAACCAGUGCGCAGUACUCAUUGCGAAGGAAACGCCGCAAUUAUGA